AAUUGGAACUGCUGCUCUGACGUGGAAGUGACAUUUUUUCUCAAUUUCUUUAUCGGGUUUAAAAGAAAUUUAAACAUAAUUAUUGUUAAUUAAUAGUUAAAAAACUAAUUAGUGUGUGAGUUAAAUAAGAGUACUUCAGGGUACUAACAUUAUUUCAUUAUUACCUGGCAAGUUUCGUGACUUAACAGGCUACGAAUUAAGAUUACAUUUACCAACAAAGUGAAGUGAUUACAGUGAGAAAGUUCAGUUUUUCUGUAGCAAACAGCAAUUCACUAUCCACACACUUCCAUUACUUCUGCAAGUAUAGACAAAAGUAAUUGAUAUAAAUAACACUCGAAAAAAAUAAAAAAAAACAUGAAUCCGAACAUGUACGGAGCGCCAACGCAGCAGCCACAAUAUACACCAGGCUGGCCACCAGCUACACAACAGCCGAUGCAACCAAGUGGUGCACCACCACAGCUGGGCCCACCAGGCACUAGUUAUCCACCCAACAGUAUGCCACCAACAUCAGCAGCAUCCACACCUGCUGGGCCACUUGGUGCGUUACCACCACAGCAAAACUACGGGCAAGGACAACAACCAGGGUUACUCAACGGCAACUACCAACAACAGUUAACUAAUUCAAUGAGCGGUUUAUCCAUGAAUGCAGCGAAGCAGCCAACACCCGUACCUCCCCAAAUCAAUACUCCAUAUGCGAACGCUAACAUAGCAAGUGCUCCAUUCCCCACAACAAACCCUCAAGCCGGCGGUCCAGAUGCUCCACCUUUAUCAAAUGGGCCACCCACUAACGCGCAGUCCCAACCACAACAGCAAGUAUCGAACGCUAACAAUAACUUUAUUUCGGGUCCAUAUACAAACGGACAGCCAACUAAACAACCGCAGACGCAACCACCACAGGCACCCAAUUCCAUGUAUCCACCGCUGCCAAAUACUUCAACGCCGCCAAUGCAGUCCGUACCGGGAGGACCCAAUCAGAUGACAGUAAACAGCGCAAACAUACCCGGCUUGCCACAUAUGCCUCCCAAACCGAGUGGUAUGCCAUUACCAGGGCAACCACCAGUUGCAGCAACACCACCAACUUCUAUACCUGGUAGCAUGCCACAGUAUCAACAACCCGGCGCACAACAAAUGCCACCACGGCCCGGUCAAAUUCCACCACAACCCAUGUCGCAGCCGCUUGGACCACCGGGCCAACAACAACAAACAAUGUUGCCAGGUCAUCCUGGUAUGCCGCCUACAUCCGCAGCAGCAACAAUGCCACCACAGCCGGCCAUGCCGCCAAUGCCAGGCUAUCCACCACAACCGCAACAGCAAGGAUAUCCACCACAUCCACAAAUGCAGCCAAACCAACAACAACAACCUGGUUUUCCUCCGCAACCACAGCACCCUGGAUAUCCAUCACAAGCCGCUCAGCCUGGCUAUCCGCCACAAGCCGGUUAUCCGCCUCAACAACCACAACAACCUGGUUACCCCGGUCAAAUGAUGCCCCCAACACAACCUGGGCAACCACCAAUGCCCGGUCGUCCCGGCUAUAACCAACCACCAGCCCCAGGCGGUAUGUACCAACAGGCACAACAGUAUCCACAGGCCCAACGUCGUCUCGACCCCGAUCAGAUGCCAAACCCAAUUAGUGUUAUUAUCGAAAAUCAACGUAAUGCUGGUGGCGCUUUUGUCACCAAUCAGCCAGGUCUGCUGCCACCAUUGGUAACCACCAAAUAUGUUGUGCAGGAUCAAGGAAACUCAUCGCCACGUUAUGUCAGAUCCUCUUUGUAUUGCAUACCAGCAACCGCUGAUUUGUUGAAGACAACUGCUUUGCCCCUAACCCUAAUCGUUUCACCAAUGGCCCGUACCGUUGAGGGUGAAUAUGAGCCGCCAAUUGUGAACUUUGGUGAAUUGGGACCCAUUAGGUGUAAUCGUUGCAAGGCAUAUAUGUCCCCAAACAUGCAAUUCGUGGAUGCCGGUCGACGUUUUCAAUGUCUGAUGUGCAAAGUAACCACGGAAGUGCCAACUGAAUACUUCCAACAUUUGGACCACACUGGUCAACGUGUCGACAAAUAUGAGCGUCCCGAAUUGGUAUUGGGCACAUAUGAGUUUUUGGCUACCAAGGACUAUUGUCGCAAUAAUACACCCCCUGAGAUACCAGCAUUUAUAUUCGUACUUGACGUUUCUUACAAUACCAUCAAAUCGGGUUUGGUACAUCUACUGUGCUCUCAAAUGAAGCAGGUAUUGAAGCAUCUGCCUGUGGAUCAGGGCCAGGACAAAUCGAAAAUGCGUGUUGGUUUUAUAACCUACAAUAGUACUGUGCAUUUCUAUAAUAUAAAAAGUAGUUUGGCACAACCGCAAAUGAUGGUCGUCGGCGAUGUGCAGGACAUGUUUAUGCCGCUGCUCGAUGGCUUCCUCUGUCAUCCCGAAGAAUCGGAGGCUUUAAUUGACGCCUUGAUGGAACAAAUACCGAAAAUGUUUGUGGAUACAAAGGAGACGGAGACCGUGCUCUAUCCAGCCAUACAAGCUGGUCUCGAAGCACUAAAAGCUUCCAAUUGUGCUGGCAAAUUGUUGAUAUUCAACUCCACAUUACCAAUUGCUGAAGGACGUGGUAAAUUGAAGAAUCGUGAUGAUCGUAAAUUGCUCGGUACUGAGAAAGAGAAAACAGUGCUCACACCACAAUGUGUUUCCUACAACACAUUGGGACAUGAUUGUGUACAGAAUGGUGUAUCGGUCGAUUUAUUCUUGUUUAAUAAUUCGUACAUAGACAUUGCAACUCUGGGGCAGGUAUCGCGCCUAAGUGGCGGUGAAGUCUACAAAUAUACAUACUUCCAAGCUGACCUCGAUGGUAAUCGCUUGAUUGAGGACAUCAUUAAGAACGUAUCGCGGCCAAUUGCUUUCGAUGCGGUGAUGCGCGUGCGCACUUCGGCCGGCAUACGCCCAACCGAUUUCUACGGUCACUUCUUCAUGACGAACACAACCGAUGUGGAACUGGCUAGCAUAGACUGCAAUAAGUCCGUUGCUAUUGAAAUUAAGCACGACGACAAGUUGCCACCUGAGGAAAAUAUAUACUUACAAAUCGCCCUACUCUACACAUCGGUUAGCGGUCAACGACGUUUACGUGUUUUGAAUUUGGCACUUCGUGCCACAACAACCAUCGCAGAUGUUUUCAAAUGCUGCGACUUGGAUGCCAUGAUGUUGUUCUUUGCCAAACAGGCUUGCGCCAAAUUGCUGGAGCACACGCCGAAACAGGUCAAGGACAAUCUAAUAAAUCGUUCGGCACAGAUAUUGGCAUGCUAUCGCAAGCAUUGCACUUCGCCAACAUCGGCUGGCCAACUUAUACUGCCCGAGUGUCUGAAAUUGUUGCCGCUCUAUGUUUCGUGUUUGCUGAAAAACGACGCCAUCUCUGGCGGUUCCGAUAUGACACUGGACGAUCGCUCGUACGUUAUGCAAUUCGUGCAGACCAUGGAUUUGAAUAUGUCUGUCAGCUAUUUGUAUCCACGUUUCAUUCCAAUACACAAUGUCGAUGUUGAUGACAACGAAUUGCCCAUGUCCAUACGUUGUACGCACGAAAAGAUGAGCGAAGACGGCGCCUACAUACUCGAGAACGGUGUGCACCUGUUCGUCUGGUUGGGUCAAUCGUUGCCGCAAACCUUCAUCCAGCCACUGUUCGGUGUGCAGUGUACACAACAGGUGAAUGCUGAACGAUUUGCCAUUAUUGGCGAAACACCGUUGGCGGAACGCGUGCGCAAUAUUAUCGAUACGAUCAUGAGGGAACGCACCAGAAAUAUGCGGGUAACGUGCGUGCGACAAAACGACAAACUGGAAUCAGUUUUCCGUCAUUUCCUGAUCGAGGAUCGCGGCACAGAUGGUUCGGCGAGCUAUGUGGACUUCUUGUGUCAUAUGCAUAAGGAGAUUAAGGAUUUGUUAAGUUAGCUUGUGGGUUGUGGUAAAAAUAGCAGCUGCAACAUGUCGCAAAGUGGGAAUGCUGACAGACAAACAAACACAAUGUAUAACACAACCAGCCAGCUAAUGUGCCGUAGCUAUUCCCAGAAUCGUGCACGGUUGCAUCGGCUCUCACGUAAACGUUGGUAGUUGAUUGUGUAUGAAUACUCGUACACAUACAUACAUACAAACAAACAAUUAUACUUGAACGCAUACGCAUACAAUAGACAGUUCCAUAUACUUAUUGCAAUUUCCACAUCUACCCACAUGCAUACAUAUACAAUUAUAUAACCGCAAAACUAAUUUAGUGUAUUUUUUGUCAUUUUGAAUGCUUAAAUAACAUUUUGAUUUGGUAUUUGCAUUAACGCUUCCUUCCCCCCUCUUUUUUUAUUUUGCAUUGUCCAAACUUUUGCUUGUGGUCUAUUAUUUUCCGUGUAAUUUAGGUAUACAUACAUAUAUACAUAAUAUUGUGCAAAUUUUUAUUAUUAUUAUUUUAAAAAAUGUUAAGAAAGAGAGAAGAUUAUCAUAUUUGCAAAAUAUAUACGAAAAUAUUCAAUUAAAUAUGUAAUUUUAUUGUAUUAUUAAAACUGGUAUAAUGGCAUACGAUAGUUAUAUUUGAAAUUAAGCGAAUUUUUCCCAUUGCUUACACAUCUAUUAUAGUUUUAUGUGCGUAAAUAAGAAAUGUUUUCAAUUUGGCGUUGCUCAACUUAAGUAAAAACAUUGUAUGUAUUUGUCAAUGGCAGCCGGUAUUGGUGAAUUGGUAUAAAGUAUAAUUAGACUAUAAAGUUGGAAACAGCAAUUUUCCAUUUAAAUUUUGAAAGUUAUGGCACUGUCGCCCUUAAAAGAAACAUAAAUUUCAUAAAAUAACCAAUAAAUAUUAAAUUAAAAUUUAAAA